UUCAAAAUGAUUGGGGAAAGGAUUGCUUUUAAAGCCAACAUUUUUUAUCUUUUCUUCUUGCCACUAAUGGUUUUCUUUUUUUUCUUAGAAGAGUGCCCACUGUAUGUGCACUUAGUUCGCUGUGUAUCUGCUCGGUCUGGGCUUUUCGGUUCGUAUUCCGGGCCUGGGCGAAUUGUAUAUAAUUAGCGCAUUUAUUGACUAACUGCCGCUUGCAACACAAAAUGUUCGUAGCAACAAAGAGCGAUAGAGGGAAAAACAAUAAUUACUUGGCUUACUGGCCUGGCCCUCCCAAGUACACGGAUAUCAGCUGCCAUAUAUACUUAUGACGUGUGUAGGUGGGACCUGCUAAUACCUAUGUACACGAAGCACGGUCAGGCGAUUUCGAUUGACAAAUGUGCGUGUGCUGCAAUUUUCCACCGGCUAAACCAGCCCCCAAAGCUACCACCCAGCCCACACACACACCCCAUCCAUACGGCCUGAUUGCAUCUCUUUCCUCGGUUCUAGUCCUCUCUUUCUAGCGGCACAAACAUUGCUGGCGUUUCGAUUUUAAUUUCUUAAUUGAAUUUGUUUGGGGCGCAAGUCUUCAUAUGUGUGUGCUUGGAAAAGCGAUACCCUGACUGCAACUCUUGCAUACCUGGGCACUUUGAAACGGCCGUAUCCGCAGAUGUAUCGCUAGAAUCGCUCGUAGGUGCCAUAUUUUCAGUUGACACGCCAAUUAGUGCAUUUAUAAUUCAUGACGUGGGUUAAUUGCUACACUUAAACCCAACUAAACGGCCAGCUAUUGGGGGCUGUAAGGCCCCUAAGAGGAAACCCGAACCUUAUCUCGAACAACAGAUAGCAGAUAAAGUUGUUUAUGGUUUAACCCGAAGAUCAGAGAGCCUCUGUGAAUCAGUUUUUGACACAUCUUCGCAAUGGUAACCACACAACGGACCAAAGAGAUUUGCCAGGCGGUGCGGUUGAAGUCCACGCAGGUGUUCCUGGUGGCCGGAACUUGUUUGAUGACGGUGAUGGUCACCCUGCUCUGCAUUGGCUUUAUGACCCGGUAUGAGGUGGAGAACGAGGUGGCCAACGUGGCGGAUGUGGACUACUGGAAGGACAAGGUGGCGCCAUCGCAGAAAAUCUGGUAUGACAGGGGCAUUGAGGAGCUCAACGAGGCGCUGAGAUCUCCCAAGGAUACGCAGUAUCCCAGAAAUGUAAGGAUAUUUCUGGUUCAGGGUGUUGAUGGUCGAGACUUGGCUGCCUUUCGGUUUUCAGCUUCAAUAGAUAAUAGCCAGGGAAAUACCAACUUCGUUUGGGAUCAGUUUCCCCACUUGGCUCGCUUGAAGAACAGCUGCAGUCGGCAGUUUCCCUGCCAAGUGGACAGGGUUUCCAGAGCAAUUUGGUCUGGGAUCCCCUUGGAUGAGGUACCCGCAAGCCCUACAGAUUGCGGAGAGCUGGUUAAUGAAACAGAAUACCCGCUGAGUAUUCUUCGCCAGGCUCAAUUGGCUGGUCUAAGAACGGGAUUUGUGACCACCCUAAGGAUCACAGGAUCCACAGGAGCCGCUUUGGGAAAUACCUACAGCCACUACGAAUGUGAUGAGAGGAUGCCUUUGGGAUUUUCAAGAUUUGGGUGCCAGGAUACUGCUCGUCAGCUGAUCUUCGGUGAGACUGGUAAAUCCCUAAAUGUAAUCAUGGGAGGUGGGAGGCAAAUGCUGAGCAGUGUGGUGCCCAAAACCCACUGGGAUCCAGUGGAUGAGCUGCUCUGCGAGUCCAACGAUGGUCGCAAUCUUCUAAAGGAGUGGAGGAACCAGAAACUCAGGGAGAGCAAAGUAAACCCCAUAAAAUUCGAUUUAGUACAGCGAACCGAUGAGCUGGAGUCCUUGAAUGCCAGUAGUUUUGAUCAUAUUCUGGGCAUAAUGGCAAAUGGAGAUUUAAGAAGAAAUUCAAGGGCGCCAAGUCUUAAAUUGAUAGUCGAAAAGUCUGAAGAAGUAAUGAAAAAGCCAGGACAAGGUUACCUUCUCAUAGUGGAACACUUUGUUAAGUCAGACAUUGACAAAAGAAAGGAGCUGCAGCUUUUGAACGAAACUUUGGCUAAUCUUCACGAAGAUAGAGAUACUCUUACGUUAGUUUUCAUGACCAAUGCCGUCUAUCCCAAACCAAGUUUGGAUGUGAGUGAAGAAACGGAGACGAUAAACCACCUUCCUGAGACUUCUGGGGAGACGGAACUGGAAAUCCAACAAAGAUUAUAUCGAAUGCCUCCGGAUAGUUUGCUUUUCGCACGGGGACCCAAGUCAGCAAUUUUUCAUGGUGUUCGGAGGGAAACCUUUCUGGCUCAUGCUGUGGCCCAUGUCCUUAGCAAGAGUAUAGUUAAGGGAUAACACAUUUUAUCGACGUUGUUUAUACUAGUAAAAUUUAGUAAGGGCACAAUAUUUAGUUUCUUUAUUAAAAUGAUUUUUAAAAAAAAUAAUAAUAAAUCACUGCAGUAAGUAACUGAGUAAACGAAAUAAGUAUGUUGGCAAAAAAAAGAUAUUAAAACAAAGAAACGCAAAAUAUUUAAUAUUUUUUGAUUAUGGAUCAAAAUGUAUAGGAACUUGUUUAUACAAUAUUUUUUUAACUAACAAGAAAGGGGUUUCAAGACGCACCUAUUUUAAAAACGAAAUUUAUCGUACAGAACUGCAAACUCAUAUAGCAGAUACCUCAGAAUAUAACAUCCCAAAUAAAACGCCACCUAAUAUUUUGAUUCGA